AUGGGGAGCCUAAAAAUGGGCGUCACAGCUCUGCCAAAUAAGGGGGUGGAGUUUCCAGUCUGUGGCUCUAAAGCCUUCAGCUCUACUUUCUUUUUGGAGCACAGGACCUUGCUUGUCAUGGAGGGAGAAGCCACAAGGAGUGGAUUGUGUCCCUUGGAAGUGAAACAUCACAAGGUGCCAUCCCUCCACCACCCAGGAAGGCAAGAGCAAAGAGAGGAACCAGGUUACAAGUUCAGGAAGACAGCAGCACGAAGGACCCUCAUAGCAGCUGCAGCUGCUGGCUUCACAACAGGCCUUGCAGUUGCUGCAGUGGUGCUGGCAGCCAUGAAUGCGAAGCUGUGUUUGGACCGUGCAGAUUUCCCUGCUGCAGCCACUUGCCCAGAUGACUGGCUCGGGUACCAAGGGAAAUGCUACUUCUUCUCAAAGAAUGAAACGACCUGGAACAACAGCCAGAGCCUCUGUGCCUCACAAGGUGCCACCUUGGCUGGGAUUGACACUGAGCAUGAGAAGAGCUUCCUGAUUCAUCACAAAGGCAUCCUCUACCACUGGAUCGGCCUCUGGAGGGAGCCGGGCCAGGCUUGGACCUGGGCCAAUGGCAGCAUGUUUGACAACAAGCUUGAAGUGAGGGGUGGGGGAAACUGUGCCUAUCUGAAUGAUGAAGGAAUUGGCUCAUCAAGCUGUACCACCAAAAAGAACUGGAUCUGUGCCAGAGCUAGGGUGUGAGAAGAAAGCAGAAUCCCAGAGGAAGGAAAGAAAAAGAGGUCUUAAAAGAAUGUGAAAUAUUUUUUAUAUACCUUUUUUUAUCUGGUUAAAAAAAGCUGUCUGUCCAUGCAAUUGAGCUAUUUCUACAAAAUGAAAGAAAAGCA